AUGACUUCACCUGUUUUCAUAUCGUACAAUGAAGUUAAAAAUAUUUUGACUAGUUCAAUGAUCAAAGAAUCAGUUGAAGAAGCAUUUAAAUCGGUUGUUGUGAGUAAAGGCAAUAAUCAAGAUCAUCCCUACGCCUAUCAAUGUCCUAGAAUUCGAACUUCGUCACAUAAUGUCAACGGAAUUCUAUUAACUAUGCCAGGAUGUAUUAGCAAUCAUAAAGUUACUCUACCAAAUGGCGAACGCAAAACAUUCGAAACUUUAGCAUGUAAAUUGAUUACGCGAUCGCCGAAAAAUAAUCAACUUACACCACAAUUGCCAAAUGUCCUUGCUAAUAUCUUGCUUUUUGAUGAACAAACUGGACAAUUGAAGUGUGUUAUGGACGGAAAAUAUAUUACUGUUUGGAGAACAGUUGCAGCGUCUCUCGUAGCAACUAAGUUUUUAUAUUUUGGAAGAAAAAAUGUAAAUGCAUCUAAUGGAGUAACCUUGGCUAUUGUCGGUUGUGGAGUUCAAGGCGAAAGUCAUGCUUUAGAAAUGUUCAGAGUGUUUUCAACAAUCAGAGAAUGUGUUUCAAAUGCUGAUAUUAUCGUUACUUGUACUCGAACAGUUGAACCUAUACUACACUUGAAUAUGUUGAAAAAAGAUGUACACAUCAAUGCUGUUGGAGCAGCACCUGGCGGCAAGCAUUACUGUGAACUUGGUCAAGACAUUUAUGAUAUUGCUCCUGUAUACGUCGACAGUUUGAAUGGAGCGAAAACAGAUCUUGCUGAUUUGAAAACCAAUAUUGUGUGUGCGGUGGGUGAAGUUAUACUUGGUGUUGGCAAGUGUCCAGAGAAAGGGAUUUCAGUGUUUCAGUCAUUGGGAAUGGCCGUAGAAGAUGCUGCCGUAGCUCAAGCUGUUUUUCAAUACAGGAAAAAUAAGCAAACAAAAAGUAGAUUAUAA